GCCACGCCCCUUUAACCCCCUUCGCGCCGCAGGCCCCGCUCCGCGCCGCGUCCCGCGCGGGCCGCCGUAGCGCAGUUGCCGUUGCCGCCGGGGUGGGAGCGGGCGGGCUCAGGCCCCGCGCAGCACGGAGGCCGCUGAGCCACCCCCUUCGCCACCGCCUCUGCGGGGCCGGCCCCGGCCCCCGCCCCGCCCGCGGGGGCGGCCCGCGCCGCGGCCCCUCCUCGGGGGAGGCCGUCUGCAUGGGCAGGCGCUGCGGGGCUCCGCGCUCGCCGGCCCCGCCGGCAGAGACGCUCCCGGAUCCAGAUUACUGCUGAUUUGAUCCUCUGGAAUCUGCGAAAGGAAAGUCUGCCAGCCUCUGUGAAUAGCUUUGCAGUGUAACAGGAGUGGAGUACCCAAGCAGGAUCGCCAAGAGAUGUGAACGAGUGUAAGCAAAGCUGAGCACAUCAGUAUUUCUGACUCAAACCUGGGCUCGUUCCCCAGGCACAGUUUGUGUGUGGGGUGAAUACCCUCUUGGUACCUGCAGAUGAUGUCGGUCGAAGGGUCUACAAUAACAAGUCGAAUCAAAAAUCUACUUCGCUCGCCUUCCAUUAAGCUGAGGAGAAGCAAGCCUGGGAACAAGCGUGAAGAUAUAGGCAGCAAGGUGACUUUGGAGAAGGUGCUGGGGAUAACUGUGUCAGGAGGCAGAGGAUUAGCCUGUGACCCCAGAACUGGCCUCGUUGCUUAUCCAGCAGGGUGUGUUGUUGUACUGUUCAACCCUCGGAAGAAUAAGCAACACCACAUUCUAAACAGUUCCAGGAAAACAAUUACAGCACUUGCUUUCUCUCCAGAUGGAAAAUAUUUGGUUACAGGAGAGAGUGGGCACAUGCCAGCAGUUCGAGUAUGGGAUGUGGCUGAGCGAACCCAAGUGGCUGAACUCCAGGAGCACAAGUAUGGUGUGGCCUGUGUGGCCUUCUCCCCCAGCUCCAAGUACAUCGUUUCAGUGGGAUACCAGCAUGACAUGAUUGUCAACGUAUGGUCUUGGAAGAAAAACAUUGUAGUGGCAGCCAACAAAGUCUCAAGUAAAGUGACAGCUGUGUCAUUCUCGGAGGACUGCAGUUACUUUGUCACUGCUGGAAAUCGACACAUCAAGUUCUGGUACCUGGAUGACAGCAAAACCUCAAAGGUCAAUGCCACAGUGCCCUUGCUGGGUCGCUCAGGACUGCUUGGAGAACUGAGGAACAACUUCUUUGCAGAUGUGGCAUGUGGAAGGGGCAAAAAAGCUGAGAGCACUUUCUGUAUCACAUCCUCAGGCCUGCUCUGUGAAUUCAAUGAAAAAAGGCUGCUAGACAAGUGGGUGGAGCUGAGAAAUACAGACAGCUUCACAACCACUGUGGCAAACUGCAUUUCUGUGAAUCACGACUACAUCUUCUGUGGCUGCGCUGAUGGCACUGUGCGGAUUUUUAACCCUCUGAACCUUCACUUUGUCACCACUCUGCCGAAGCCGCACUUCCUGGGAACAGACAUCGCGAGCGUGACUGAGGCCAGUCGUCUUUUCUCUGGUGUGGCUGAUGCAAAGUAUCCAGACACGAUUGCUUUGACCUUUGAUGCCACCAACCAGUGGCUUUCUUGUGUAUACAAUGACCACAGCCUGUAUGUGUGGGAUGUCAAAGACCCAAAGAAAGUGGGCAAGGUGUACUCUGCUCUGUACCACUCCUCCUGCGUGUGGAACAUUGAGAUGUAUCCGGAGGUCAAGGACAACAAUCAGCCAUGUCUCCCCCCUGGUUCCUUCAUCACCUGCUCUUCUGACAACACCAUCCGUCUGUGGAACACCGAGAGUUCCAACAUUCAUGGCACAGCCCUGCACCGCAACAUUCUCAGCAAUGACUUGAUGAAAAUCAUUUAUGUAGAUGACAACACUCAGGUACUUCUGGACACUGAUUACAACUCAGCAGGAAGUGCAGAGAAAGCUGAUGCACAAGUGAUGGAUACGAAGGUGGGGAUACGCACUGUCUGUGUGAGUCCUAGUGGGGAGCACCUGGCCUCCGGGGACAGGAUAGGCACUCUGAGGAUAUAUGAGCUGCAGUCUCUGAGGGAAAUGCUGAAGGUGGAAGCCCAUGACUCUGAGAUCCUAUGUUUGGAAUACUCCAAACCUGACACAGGCUUAAAGCUCUUAGCCUCAGCCAGUCGGGAUAGAUUGAUUCAUGUCUUGGAUGCUGGAAAGGACUACAGCCUGCAGCAGACUCUGGAUGAACAUUCUUCUUCCAUCACUGCUGUAAAGUUUGCAGCCAAUGAUGGAAAAGUGCGAAUGAUAAGCUGUGGGGCAGACAAGAGCAUCUAUUUCCGCACUGCGCAGAAGACAGGAGAAGGGGUUCAGUUUACCCGAACGCAUCACAUUGUAAGGAAGACCACUCUGUAUGACAUGGAUGUGGACCCCAGCUGGAAAUACGCAGCUAUUGGAUGCCAGGAUCGUAACAUCAGGGUUUUCAACAUAAGCAGUGGGAAGCAGAAGAAGCUUUACAAGGGAUCUCAAGGUGAAGAUGGCACCCUCAUCAAAGUGCAAACAGAUCCCUCUGGUCUUUAUAUUGCAACCAGUUGUUCUGACAAGAAUCUCUCCAUCUUCGAUUUCUAUUCUGGCGAGUGUGUUGCAACCAUGUAUGGGCAUUCAGAGAUUGUAACUGGGAUGAAAUUCAGCAAUGACUGCAAGCAUCUAAUCUCUGUUUCUGGUGACAGCUGUAUCUUUAUCUGGCGUCUGAGCUCAGAGAUGACCAUCAACAUGCGGCAACGACUGUCUGACAUGAAGCAGAGAGGGAAACAGACAGAAAAGUCUCCUCCACACAAGACGACUGGACUCAUAAGGCAUGAGUCCAUCUCUGCUCUGUCCUCUGUGCCUGCGCUCUCAUCAGACAGCGACAAGGAUGGUGAAGAUGAAGGGAAUGAUGAAGAUGAGUUACGUGGGCUGCAGUCUUUCCGUAUUCAGUCCAGCUGCAACACUGAGAAAGACUCAGAUCCAGACCUUACGCUCUCAAGAAGCCUUUCCCAUUGGGAAAUGAGGAGGGCCAAAGAGAUUGCAGCAAUCCAGCGUUCAGAAGCACCAAUGAGCAAGAUGCCCAGGCAACGUGGGCGCUGGUCCCAGCCAACCAGCAACAUAGACAUGACUGUGAAAUCCAUGCUUGACUUGCGUCAGUUGGAGUCUUUCUCUGUUUCCCGUUCUCCAAGUCGAGACUCACUGUCUCAGAACAGCAAUGGGGAUGACAGAGAAGAGCAGGCAGAUCUUCCUGUGCACAUCAAUAAAGUUGCCAACUCAAUACCUCCCCAAGAUAACCAGUCUUGUGUGAGACCCCAAGUGAUUCAGCUUGUGUCUUGUGAAGAGGGGAUUUUCUCUCAGGAACUGGAACCAUCUGAGAGUGAGGAGUGUGUAAUCUACCCUGAGCAAGAUGAAAUCCAUCCCACAGACCCUAGCAGUGAUUUCCAGGUAAAAGCAUUGCCCCAUGGGAAGCUAAGUAGAGCUUAUCACAAUAAUGGAUGCCCAGACAAACACAGUCCUGACAGUGCCUGCUCUGUAGACUACAGCAGCAGUCGUCUGUCCAGCCCAGACCAUCCGAAUGAAGAUUCUGAAAGCACUGAGCCCCUAAGUGUGGAUGGCAUCUCAGACCUGGAGGGAGAGGAAGGAGAGGAGGAUGUGGGUACUAGCAUGCCAGACAGAGAAAUUCCCCAGACACUUGAUCAGGAAAAGUUCCUCAAGCAGCAUUUUGGAACCCUGGGCAGCACGGAUGGAAAAGGUGGCUCAUGUAGGAAUCUAGAAAGAACUGAAAACCUCAGCAUUUCCUCUCGCUUUCUUUCCCAGUCCCCGGCUCUCAGACGAUUAUCACUCUCGUCGUCAAAUCUGAUACUGGAUUCAAAGACCAUCGAGCCCCCAACCCAGACCAUUCGAGUAACACAAGACUUGCUGAAAACUGGCAGCAGCCAUCCUGGUGAUGCACUGGAGAACAGCCAUCUCCUGGACAGUGUAAAUUCAAAUUGUGCUGUUUAUGUCCAGAAGAAAAAUAGAUCAACUUUGGAGGCCAGCAGAGUUGAUAUGGCUCCUGGACGGGUUAUUGUGUCCUUUCCAGAAGGCCCUGUGAAUGGAGUGAUGAGAAAGGCACAGUCAGCUCACGACCUUGUUCAUGAGGAUAAGGGUCCUGGAGUGAUAUCCUCUGCCAAGCAGCGUCCUCAGACUCUUUUGGUGGUUGAGAAGGAUCCCAGACCUAACAAUUGCAGGGUGUUAUCAGCCAGUAUGUUGAAGAUUGAUGGACCUGGUGCUCUGCUGGCCAAAGAUGUCAGAGCUGCAAAACCAAAGUCAUAUAUGAACCCCACAACCAGCUUCCGGGCUAAGAUGUCAAGGAGCGUUUCUGUAGGGGAAAAUCUGUACCUUGGUUACUCCACUGAAAUGUUGACGGAUGGGAGAACUAGCCCUCCAGUGGCAGAGAAGACACAGUUUAGUUCCAUGGCAGAUGCUGAGAAGUUCAAGCUACCAGUAAAAGAAAACGUUCCAGUGAAGCCUGCACUGCAGCCAGUUGUAAACUGCUCAUCUCCCAAGCCCUUCCACAGCAAGUUGGCAUCAUCAAACCGAGCACAUCUGAUUCUUGACAUUCCCAAACCAUUGCCUGAUAGACCUACACUGGCCUCCUUCUCACCCACUACCAAACCAAAAACCCUGCUUGAGCCACAGUCUCCACAGUCACCUGCUGGCGCCUGUAAAAAGAAACUCCCUUACCCUGAGGUCCGAGCCUCCAAGAGGGAGAAUCAGACUGCUGGGUCUCUGGUUCCUGGUAGAGAGAUCCCAACAGGAGUUGCUAAGGAGAGCCCAGUGGAGAAUCCAGUCUCAAGGACAGGUUGCCAGGAUGAGUCAGGGGCCAGUAAUCCAAAACUGAGGGAGUUGUCAGAGGGUCGACACCUAAAGCCCCCUUUGGGCACACUGCCCAGUUGCCGGGAGAGGAUCACCGGCAUCGCCUGUGUGCUAGAUGACCAACCUGGACUUUGCCCACUAGACCCCAUCAGGCCGAAGUCUCCUACAUCUAUAACUGCCUCAGCACAGGUCUCAGGUGUGCAUGGAUACCCAUCUCUUACCUUCCCCCUUCUGUCUCCUGUCUUUGUGAAUCGCCUCACGAUCCCAUCACAUUUCUUUACGUCCAGCUUCUGGCCUGUCUCGUCCUGUCUGCACCUGUCUCGUUCCAUAAGCCAUCCCCUUAAUGAACUGUGCAUCAGCGUAGAGCAAUGUGAGCAUGUGGUAUCCGAGCUCCAGCAGAGCAUGCGCAAAGCCAUUCAUCUUUACCGCAUGGUGUUAAAUGAUACGGAAUCUUCUACUGACAAAGAUAAAAUAGCUGGCCUUCUGACAGAAACAUUCUCCUCAAUGAAGAAAGAAUUGGACUCUCUGAAGGAUGAGGAAGAGCUCCCAAAGGUUAAGGAGGUACUGGUGAAGCCACAAGAUACCGCUAGCUCUCUGAAUGAGGCAUGUGGUGCCAAUCUACCGAGUCCCAAGAGUUUGGGAGAUGAGCAGACACUAGCUUUGCUGGAACAGUACUCAGAGCUAUUGCUGCAAGCUGUGGAACGACGGAUGGACAAAAAACACUAAGAGGGUGUCUUCCAGGUGUUUGUGAAUACACAGAAAUAAUCCCAAGAAGGGGACCACAGAGAGAGCUUCAGAUGCUGUCAUCGCACUGGUCUGGGGCUGGCAGAGAGACCUUUAUAAAUAGAUUUCCUCAGGCCCCUUACAACUGAUUUGCUCUAAUUCCUAGCAAUGUGCUGGCCACAAUUUUAAUGUUUUUUUCCCCGAUGGCCUUCAACAUCCUGUCUCUAGAAAAGUCUUGAAAGAGGAGUUUGGAGAAACUGCAUUGACAUUUCUUCAUAGCCAGGUCAGGAUGUUUGACACCUAAAGAAACAAAGAAAAUCCAGUUUAUCCAAGAAAUUCUGAACUGCUGACUAAAACCAGAGGAGUCCAAGUGAAGCCAAUCCUUUCCUCUCCAAGGCUUCAUGAGAAUCAAGAAGCAGACUUUUUAUGGAUUUAUUUAUUAAUUUAUUUUUCUGACUGUUGCUCUAUGUCACGUUUGUGGCCAUUAUCCUUGUCCUUUAACAAAAACUCUUGAUCCUUUUGCCAUAUCCCAGCGAGAAACAAUCUUUGUAUUAUAACCCUCCAACAGGGAGACAGGCUGGAGUGUCUGUGCAAUUAAUGAACUGUUUUCUGCUUAAAACUUGUCUUGCUGUUCUUUCUUUUCCUGCCUUAGUUUUGUUACCUGAAGUAAUUCUACUGUUGUCACAUUGGCUCUGUCUGCUUUUCUCUUGUUUCAAGACAGUCCCCACACUGUAUGUUAUCUGCAUUCACCUCUGGGGGAAAGCAGUGCAACCCUGGACCAUGCUUUGUAGAUUACCUAAUGAAUUCAGUAGUGUUAUUUUUAAUCUGGAAUUUGACAUUACAUUGAUAUUUCAAACUGGGUUUUCUGCAUACAUUUUAAAAAUGAAAAUUUAUUUUGGCCACCUUUCAUGAUUAGGAAUUGGAUAUUGACUUUGAUGUUAUAAUGACUGGGGAAAUUUGGAGUGAUGAUUUAGUUGUUGAGAAGAGACAUGAAAAAGCUGGUGUCCAUCUCUUAUGGUGCAACUCUGGAUUUAAGAGCUCUUCAGUGCAACGGCUCAUCCAUGUCAUUUGUUCGUUUCACUGUGAUAGGAAAAUGUUUUCUUCUUGCUUUUCCAGGAGAACAGAAUAUUUACAUCCUAAGAAAGCUGGGAUUCUCUUACCUAUUGUAAAGCUAUUUCAACUGCCCACAAAAAAUGGUUUCCCAAGAACCUCAAACACGAUAUUUUGAGAUGUGAUUGCCAUGGUUUCUGCUGCCCCCAGCCUCUUUGUUUUUCAUCAGUUUCUAUUCUCAGAAACAGAAAAUCUUCCCCUCUUGCAUUUGUGUGUGCAGUACUCUUCUUAUCUUGUGGAACUUUUCCGAGCCCAUGCUAAAUUGUGUUUGUUGUGGCUUUAAACUGUCCAGUGAUGUCUUUUUGGUCAAUGAUAAGCUAAGAAAAAAAGAAAAUUUCAAACCAAUGAAAUUCUUCAGCACCUUCCCCCUUGCUUCCACUCCUUUCCAUAGCAGGGACAGAUACACAAAAUGCUCUAUUUCUUUAUCAUCCCCAGUGUGUCUUGUAUUUAUUUUGAGGUAGAGCAGUGUCAUCCCAGUUUAUAAAACUAAUGCAAACAAUAAGCUUUCAGUGGGAGAGAGAAUUCUGGCAUCUGUGGAAGUCAUUCACAAGCAGACAGACUGCAUCGCUUGGUUCCACAGGUUACAGGCCCGGACCAGUCUUCUUUCGUUUUACUGUUCUGGCUGCCAUCUUUAUGAAACCUCGUGGCACUCUGAGGUGUGGUCUGUUGACUUCUCAUCUUUCUGUGACUGGAGAUCUGGGAUGACCUAUUCCUUCCAAAUAACUCCAGGGCUGAAUAAUCUGCAGUUCCUGCAUUCCUCCCUAACGUGUUUGCUGGAGGGUCACUGCUGCUGAGUGCUUUGGGACUUUGCAGUACGGGGAGCACUUUGAGAACUUUCCAGUUACUCCUGCCUGUAAUUUAAAUCUGCCUAAUCCCAUGUUUCAAGGUGUCCUUGCUAACCUUUACUUCUGUGGGCAUGUAGUGAAAUUUUAAGUGUUAUUUUCUAGUCCCAUCUUAGCAUUGCACUGUGCUAUAUCAGCUGAUGUGCUCGGUCCCAUGGGCAGUUUUUCUUGCACAGACAGGUUUUACAAAGGAAGGUGAGUUGAAAACCUGAGAGGAAAUUUCUGGCAGUUUCCUUGAGUGAAAAGGUGCACUGGAGAUGCUGUGAGUGGAAUGUGUGAUGGCAGUUGUGUUGGAUCUGUGGCAGAGUUGGUGCGGGUCAAGCUUGCUUCUGAGGUGAUCUGUUCCUCUACUUUCAGACUGUGAACAUUUGUCCUAGUAUACAGGUAACUUCUUGCUGUGCUGGGGACACAAGACACUCAGGUAAAAUGACAGACCCUUCAACCCGGGUAUCUUUUGGUACCAGUGAUUACGGUUUGAGGGUCCUUUAUAUUACUUUCCUGUGCAAUUUUAUUCCAUUAUUUAAACUUUGAGGUGGUGACAAAAAGGGUCAGAGAUGAUAUGGAAGAUCCAGCGUUGAGAAUAAAAUUCCCAUUGAGGUAAAGAGCAGCAACCAGUGAGGCUGGCGUGGAGAUGUGAAACAGAGCUCCUCGUAAAUGAGCAGCAUGAAGCAAAUCUGGGUUUUAAGCUGUUCAGAGUGGGUUUUGCUUCAUGGAAUGGGUUUUGCUUGCGGUCAUGGCUGCGUACAGGAAACCAGAGGUAAAAUCUGAUCAGAAUGAUAGUAAGAGAAUUGUCAGGCAAGUAGAUCAGCUGGAGGAUGGUUGUGUAGUUUAAAAUAAAUUAUAAUAGCAUAUGUAGCUACUCAGGAAAACACUAGAGGUAGAGAUGACCUUGGCUUGAGAAACACCAUUUGGCCAAUAUCUGUGAAAGAUAUAGUACAGAAAGGCUUCAGGAAAGUAGAUUUAGGGCUGAGAUGGUGAUUGUGACUGAAGAAUGAAUUGGAAGGUGUUUGUUUUUAAAUAUGUCUUAUUGGGCCUCUUGUUUCUUUGUUUGCUGUCCUGUAAGCAACUGUUUGUUCUUAAAUGGCAAAGUCAUGAGCUGUUUGCCCAAGGCUUGGAUGUUACGAAUUGAGUAGUAAAAGUUCAGCAAAGGAGAUGCUGGCGCCACUAGUUUGUUGCUGAGAAGGGUGAGGAGAUAGUAUUGCUCUUUAUACUUUGAGACUGAUCCAACUGAUUCUUCCUUGCUAACUUCCUAUUGCUGGCAGUAGGAAAUAUUCCUAAAAAUUCUAGUUUACAGAACAAAGAGCGUAAACGCAUUAUGUUUUGUUGCACCUUGUGAAUAUGUUUCACCACAGGCUGUCCAUUGGGCCAGGUAGAGAAAUACUGCACGGUAGCUGCCUGGCAAGUGAAGAGGCUUGUGGGAGGAGGUAAUAAACUUGAGUCUAUCCGUCUUACUGGUUUGUGAGCCCCCUUACUGGUUUGUGUGGAUGUUAGCAUAGGCACAAACGGAUAUCUAUCUGUGUUAAGAAAAGUUAUUUAACAUAAAGCCUGAAAAAAUCAUUUGGACCUGCUAAUCAUUUUAUGUACGUUUUGUCCCCUCCCAUUCAACGUUCCUGGUCAAAAUGAGAAUAGUUGUUGGGGUUUUUUUCCAUCUUGUAAAUAGUAUUACUUUGCUUGUGAGACAUCUCGGUUCAUUCUUGGACUUGUGCAGUAGGAAGGACUGCAACCUGAAAGGGCAGAAAAUGUUUUCUGUUUUAUUUGCUGUUGCAGGCAGGGUAAGGCCAUCCUCUUCCCAACCACUCAGUAGCAUCCAGGAACCGCAUGUAUGGAAGUCUGCGUUUCUUCCACCUCUUCUCUCAGUUUGUCCUCUCCUUUCCAUGGGACCUCCCAGGCAAGGGUUGGAGCAGGUCUUAGAGCAGCCCCCUCCCUUGUCCCCCUGUUUUGCAGACUUCAUCCUGACCCAGAGGAAUUGGCACGUUUCUUUCCAGGAGCAGAAACAAGACAGACUUAAUUUUUUAAAAAGAAAGGCUAUGUAUAUAACUAUAUAUAAGGAAAAAAAAAAAGAAAUACAGGUAUUUAAACGCCAUUGGUAAACUCAUGCAUGUGUAUGGUGUCUCCGCCCACCCCACCCUGCUGGAUGCGCAACAUCCAGAGUAUGAAAUGACUAAAACCCCAUUCAAAGAACAGAUAGGACUCCUGUCAGCCCUUGAGGGAGCUGAUGCUUCCUUUUCUGGACACGACCAGCGUAUCCCUUAUUCCGUAUGGUGUGUGUGCGUGACAAGGCUGGGACUGUGUUCACAUGGGAACACGGGGAUGCCUUGGGAAUAAGCCAUGUCCCCUUGCGCGCCCCACGGAUGCGGGAUGCUCUGUCCUUGCGUCCUCCAGCACUCCCUUUUCCUUUCACCUGUUUAAACAAAACAAAUCCCCCUUUAUUUAUAAAUGUGUGUUUUUAUACUUUUGGCUUUAGGUAAAAUAAUCCUUUAAACUGUCUUUUUUUUUUAAAAUUAUGUGGGGAGAAAAAUAUAAUAAAAAUCGUUUGUUGGG